UAUUUGCAGAAUUAUGAACUUUGUCACUACAAUGAUCAACAUUUGGUAUUUUUUCUUUUUCUGAAAACAAUGAAAUGUGCUAUUGUGGUGAAUCAUGCAGCAAAGUUUGGAUAGGGGUGUUGCCUAGUAACUCCAUUUUGCACUUUUGAGGAUACAAGCUACUACAAUGGAAAGCAUGCAGCAGUCUGAGAGGAUUUAUAGUUAUGGCGUAGAUAUGAUGUGAUGUGUGGAUUGGGUCAGCGUGACUCACCUGUACAUGGGACAGCUGAUAAGCCCAUGAGCAGAUCAUCAUUUCAGAUUUGAGCCUGUUCCCAUCGCACUCUUGAGAUGACAACCACACAGCAGACUCAGCACAAGUUUGAAUAAACAGUUACUUGAUGGUAACUUGACAACUGGGUUAUCAAAGUCAAAGAGACCCUCUAUGGACCCAAGCACUUCCACCUCUAAUGCUCAAAACCCAGAACCUCAGGAUGACUUAGAAGAACCCGAGAGGAUGGAGAGAGGCCAGUCAAUAACUACAGAAGAACCAUUCCAAGAAACCCCAGAAACCACACCCCAUACCCCCCCUGUCACCGCCCAGUACUACAGUGUUAUGGAAGAUGAAUGUCCUGAUGAGCUCUUUAGAUCACCUUCACUUGCAUCCCGCUUGGAACCAAAAGAGGGCAGCACAUGUGAGGCAGCAGCCACUGACCAAAGUGUCAGCCAGAGGUCAUUUGACGGCACAAAGGCUAACGCUAAUCCCGAGUGCUUAGACUGGCACCAUGGGGAGAAGCAGUUAAUGACAAGUCCCAGCCAGGUGAAUGAGGAGAUGGAAAAUGCUUCACCCACUUUUGAGGAAGUUGUUCGGACUGACUGUUCAAGUGAGAUACACUGCGUGGGACAAGACCAAGGACUCCUGGAAGACAGACUGAGGAUUCAAGAGUGUUGUCAUUCUACGGACGGGGAAGCCAAAGAAUAUAAAAAUGAUGGGGUGCCUGAAGAUCAAAUGUUGGAUGAUCAGGAUCAGGAAUUAAAAUUAGUAAAGGACACCAAUCUUCUGGAUGAAACUGGAUUAAACCAUCACAUUCAAAAUAUUGAGCGAUUUAAUCUAGCAUCUGUUGACACUGAAGACAAUCAAAACACAAGUGAAGUUACCUUAACACAAAGUCGAGACAACUCACACAAAGAAGGGACAGAUAACCCACUUGAAGAUGCAUUGGAUAGUGAUCUCAAAGGAUAUGACUGGGUAAGGAGAACAGGAGUGGAAGAUGAUGAAGAGGAUCUCUCUACUGAGAACAGAGGACUGGACAAGGAAGAGGAGUCAGCUGGGAUAAUGUCAGAUAGUAGGUUAGCAACUGAAAUCUUGCAAGGUGAAAACCUGCUGCAGCGUUUGCAGCUAGUUCAACAGCGACAAGAUUUGGAUGAGAUUUGUUUGCAGACUCCAAAACUAGAGGAUGAUACGAAGACAAAUGUAGCACCAGAAACCAUUCAAGAAUUUCAAGAAGGAUCAGAUCAGACCCAAACUGGAUCACCUUUGUUGACUAUGACAGCACAAUUUGAACAUUGUAGUAUUCAUAAAACAGAAAUUGUUCAUUGUAAUAAACAAAGUGAUACCAGAUGCUUUGUAGUUGUGACAGAAACUGGCACAGAUGAAGAUCUUUGCAAGCAAUUAGAACAAGACGUGUCAAAAAGUCAGUCAAAAGCAGCGCAAAUUGUUGGAAUACACCAACUGACAGCAGAAUGUGAUUUAGAAGACAGAUGUUAUAUGGCGAGCAAAAUAAUGUAUGAAGAAGAUGUUUGUACACAGGAAAAGACUCAGAGCCAUAAUGAGAGUGACAAACAACAAGAAGAAGAAAACAGAGAUGCAGAUUACAUUGAUGGAAUUUGGAAAUCCAAAGAUGAAAACAGAAUUCCUUUUCCUCCCUGCCACAGACUUUCAGCUGCAGAGACCUUCAUGGAGAAACAGCUACAAGAAUCAUCUCAGAUCAAGCCAGAUCUGCAGAGAGCAGAAGGAGUCUUUGAUCUGACUGAAAAUCCAGACAUACUCGAAAUUCCCUUUAAGACUGAUGUCUGUCUGGAGCCCCUCCCCACAAUAAAAGACUCUGGUCCAGCAGAAGAUUGGCACUUCUCAGAGCAGAAGAUGCAGAAGGACAUCAGUCAAGACAUGCAGAGGGAGAUGGUACUGGUGAACUUAGGGAAGAUCCCAGGAGAGUACAGCAAAGGGGAGAGUCGGCACAUGAAGGACACAAAGCUUCUGUUUGAAGCGUUCCAGCAGGUGAAGACAGAGGGUCCAACAAGGAUCAAAAAACCUGUGGCCUCACUGCCUAAAAGGCCAGUCUACCCCACUGUGCUGGAGCGAACACGCAGCCUAGAGAUGUUUUCACAAAAAACCUCUCCAGUGUGGAGAACACAUUCAUUCCGCCUGGUGUCAGCCUCCGAAAAGGAGAAAUAUCCUGAAACAUUCAGGCCACUGAGUCCGUCUAUAAGAGACAAACCUCGUUUAAGUCCCUACCCCAAACAUGAAAAACACACACGCAUGCAUAAAAGCAUGGACUCCAUCAGCACGAGUCCAACAUCUACAGGAGACAGAAGAACCAAGCCGGAACCAACCAGGGAAGGUUCUCCACUCCUAAAGGAAAAUCCCUUCUUUAAACUGCGUCCAGCCUUGUCUCUACAGCCUGAAGUGGAGAAGGACAUCAGGGAGGCAAAGAAACGAGAAGAAGAGCUGCACAAACAGAGGUCUAGUCUGUACGGCGAGAAGAGGCAGGGCAGCAGAGAGGAGGGCAUGUCCACAGCUAAGCUUAAACCAGAUCCUACACUUAAGACCGCAGGUCGACUGGAGCGUGUGUGGCCUCCGCCUUCCAAGAAAGAGCCCACCAAAGCUGAGCAGCAGGAGGUCAAAGUUCAGCGAGGUCACAGAGCCGCUCUUUGGCAGCGCUGGGAGUCGGGGUUCAUCAAUGGGCAACCAACCAACCACAACAAGUGAGGACUGAUGGGACUAAAUAGUUCAGUGAAAAGACUUGCUUAGAUCCCAGUAGGAAGAAAUCUCAGUGAUACAAUCAUUGGAAGAAUAUGUUGGAUGUGAGCAAAGGUCUACUGACAGUUUGGUUUGUGUUGCGUUGUGUUAAUUAAGGAAAGGUACCUGAUGUAAAAUCAGUAGUCCAAACAUAUGUUCUUGUAAUUAUUCUCCAUAGCAAUGAGUUUAUGGUAAUGUUAACUGGUUUGUAUACAAUAAUGCAAACAGCACAUGGCUGUCUCAUUUUGGCCCUGCAUUAUAUGGGCAUUUUUUCUUUUACUUUAAUACAUGCAAAAAUCAUGUACAAACCCUUUUAAGGUGCAGCUGGAGUAGUGAUUGGA